CAGAGAGAGAGAGAGCACAGACAGACAGAGAAAGAGAGAGCGAGCACAGAGAGAGAGAGAGGACAGAAAGACAGAGACAAACAGAGAGAGGACAGAAAGACAGACACAGAGAGAGAGGACACAGACAGACAGAGAGAGGACAGAUAGACGCAGACAGAGACAUGAAGACCUGGUUUCUCGACUUCUGGAGAGAGAGAGAGGAAGUUCUGAAGAGAACCAAGCAGCUGAGACUCCGCCCUCCACAGUUAAAGCGGUUGCUAGGAGACAGUUCUGUUAGGACAGAGCUGCAAAAUGCCAGGUUGGCAUGUCUGCUGCCCCCUGUUGGUACAGAGGUCUUCAGACGCUUCAUGCCGGCCUCGUUGCAGGACAUACAACAACAACAACAUGAAGUCAAGGAGAUGGAGCAUCAGAAGAGGAAGAACAAAGAAGUACGAAAGGUAGAGAAAGAGCUGCACAAACAAGACACUCACCUGGAGGCAGGGAAGCACCUCCCUUUCAUCUACGGAGACCCGCCCCCUGAGCUUCUCAACUGCCCACUGGAGGAGCUGGAUCCCUUCUACCAAUCACAGAAGACGUUCAUCGUGCUCAGUAUAGGGAACGUCCUCCACAGGUUUAACGCAGAGUCAUCGUGUUUCCUGCUGAGUCCAUUCAAUCGUCUGAGGACCUUCGCCAUCAGGAUCCUGCUUCAUUCUUUGUUCCGUUUGUUCAUCAUGAUAACGAUUCUGACAAACUGUGGGUUCAUGAUGAUGAGUGUUCAUCCAACAUGGACAACAAUAACAGCAGAGUUUGUGUUCUCAGCCGUCUACAUCUUUGAAGUCAUCGUUAAGAUCAUGUCGAGAGGAUUCUGUGUCGGACGCUUCACGUUCCUCAGAGAUCCGUGGAACUGGCUGGACAUUGUGGUCGUCAUUACAGCGUUAGGGUUAGGUGUGAAGUCAUCUGCCGGAGCUCUCGUCCAAUCAGUGAAGAGACUGGCUGGUGUCAUCAUCAUGACGGUGUUUGUCUUAAGUGUCUUGGCUGUGAUUGGUCAGAACCUCUUCAUGGGAGCUCUGAAACAUAAAUGUGUCCUGGAGUGGUCGCAUAGCAACUGGACCUACAAUGACCUCAGCAAUUACGAUAACUAUGAAGGGGGAAGUAGUGACUUUGAUUUCCACAAGUUCAUCAACAGUAAAGUGAAUCACUUCUAUCUCUCUGGUCAAUCUGAUCCUCUGCAGUGUGGAAACACAUCUAAUGCUGGGGUCUGUCCCCAUGGUUACAUCUGUCUAAAGACCAGCACUAAUCCAGAUUACGGACACACCAACUUUGACUCGUUUGGUUCGUCUCUGCUGAAUCUGUUAAGACUGAUGACACACGACACCAUGAUGCGUUCAGCAGGUAAAAGUUCUGUGAUCUUCGUGCUCCUCGUCUUCUCAGGCGGUUUCUGGCUCCUCAGCUGUGUUUUGGUGGUGGUUGCUAUGGCGGUGGUUGAGCAGGAGAAGGCGAGCAUCGCUGAGGCUCGACGGACAGAAGAAGAGUUCCUUCACAUCCUGGACGUGAUAAAGAAGAGGGAGGAGGAAGGGGAGGAGGAGGAGGAAGAGCCCCAGGACGAUCAAAGGUUGUCCCCUCCGUGUUUCUUGUCCAAGUGGACGUGGAACUGUUGUGGCUGCUGGCAGGAGCUCAGACUACGUCUCAACGGCUUCGUCAUGGACCCGUUCUUUGACCUUGUGAUCAUCAUCUGCCUCAUCCUCAACUGUAUCGUCAUGUCCAUGGAACAUUAUCCCAUGACAGUGGAGUUUGAAGAAAUGUUCAUGCCCACUCAAUUGGUCUUCACGGGGAUCUUCGCAGUUGAGAUGCUCCUUAGGCUUGUGGCCAUGAAUCCAUACGAUUACUUCCAGGUGGGCUGGAACGUCUUUGACAGCAUCAUUGUUGCACUCAGUCUGCUGGGGCUGGUAUUUGCUGAGUUUGAAGGGGCACAUAUAGACCUGAUGCGAGUGCUGAGACUGGCCCGGUGGUGGCCGACCUUCCACAUGUUUCUGAAGUUAAUCUGGACCUCGGUCUUGGCUCUGAGGAACCUGACUCUCAUUCUGCUGACCAUGGUCUUCAUCUUCACCGUUGUUGGCAUGCAGCUGUUCCAGGACAACUACUCAGACUUCGUCUGUCGCAUCUCGACGGACUGCCAGCUUCCUCGCUGGCACAUGAAAAACUUGUUCCACACCUUUGUUCUCGUCUUCAGGAUCCUCUGUGGAGAAUGGAUCGAGAACAUGUGGGACUGCAUGCAGGUCUCUAGUCCGAGCGUGUGUCUGAUGUUCUUCAUAAUGGUUCUGGUCUUCGGACACCUGCUGGUCCUGAAUCUCUUCCUGGUCUUGUUGAUGAGCUCGAUCGGUGAUGAUCUGGUGGCUCCAAAAGAAAAAGUCAAAAACCACUUGAUAAUCGCUGUAGACCAGAUCAAAAGAGGUGUGGCCUGGACCAGGGCCUGGAUACUGGAGCAUAUUUGGACUUUGGUAGGGAAGAAGAAUCCCAUAAUCCCACACCACAAAGUGGUCAACAGCGAAGAAGACAAGAAGGACUACCUGGGCUUGACGUCUGUGACCUCAGACCAGCCCCUGUCAGAGAGCAAGGCCUGUGGCAGUAACCAUGGCAACCAGACCAGCAAAUACAACUUCGAGAAGGUCCCUGUCGCCGAGGCUGAGGUCGAAUUCGACAUGCCUGAAAAUGAAGAGGAAAAACACAAACAGGAUGAAGAAAACAAGACUCGAAGAAAUAACACACCUGAAGACUGCUGCUGCGACAGUACAGACACACACGCGCAUACAGUGUUGGAGGACAUUCACCUGCAGCAGCGUAAGCUUGUACAGAUGCUUCUGGACAAAGCCGACCAGGUGUUCACCUUCAUUUUCCUCCUUGAGAUGCUUCUUAAGUGGAUCGCCCUCGGAUUCAGGAAGUACUUCACCAGUGUCUGGUGCUGGCUCGACUUCCUCAUCUUGGCCGUAUCUCUGAUGUCAUUGAGCCUCGGCAUGCUGGGAUAUUCUGAACUGGGAGCAGGUCUGUCUCUGAGGACUCUGAGGGCUCUGAGGCCCCUGAGGGCCCUGUCUCGCUUCCAGGGCCUGAGGCUGGUGUUGAACACCCUGGUGGCCACUGUUCCAUCCAUGUGUGAUGCAAUGCUGGUGUGUCUCCUCGUCUGGUUGAUGUUCAGCAUCAUGGGAGUAAAUCUGUUUUCCGGAAAGUUCUAUUACUGUUUCAAUGAGACAGCAGAGCAGCAGUUUUUACCUGAGGAGGUGAACAACAUGACCCAGUGUUUGUUUCUGAUCCACGAAAACGUCUCCGACGUCAGCUGGAAGAACACAAAGUUAAACUUUGACAACGUGGCAGAAGGUUACCGGUCACUGCUGCAGGUGGCAACUUUUAAUGGAUGGUUAGACGUCAUGUAUGCAGCAGUGGAUACCAGACAGAUGCUGUCUCAGCCAGUGUACGAGUCGAAUGUGUACAUGUACAUCUACUUCAUCAGUUUCAUCAUCAUCGGCUGCUUCUUCACCUCCAACCUCUUCAUCAGACGCUUCAUCCACUCGCUGGAUCAGCUGAGACACAAGUUUGGAGGGAAACAUUUUUUCAUGACAGACGAGCAGCAUAACUUUUCCAUCAGCAUGAAGAAACUGUUCUCCAGGAAACGUCCAAGUGUCCCUCGACCUCAGAAUCAGUGCCAGGCUCGUCUCUUUGACCUGGUGACCAAACAUUCUUUUGAGAUCUUCAUGGUGAUAGUGAUCUGCCUGUACACAGUGACUCUGAUGAUGGAGACAGACUUGCAGAGCAUGGAGAUGGAAUUGAUUCUGUUCUGGCUCUACUUUGUCUUCAUCAUCAUCUUCCUCAUUGAGUUCCUCCUGAAGAUCAUCGCUCUCAGACAGCACUACUUCUCUGACUGCUUAAACGUCCUCGACUUCGUGGUCCUUUUAAUUUUGGUUGUAGGUUUUCUAUUCUCUGACAUAUGUGAGAAAUAUUUCAUCGACAUAAAGGUAUUAGCUCUUCUGCGGUUGGCUCCUGUCACUCGGAUCAUCCAUCUAGUUCCUUGUAUGCGGGGAAUCAAGAGAUUAUUUUUGGCCUUGGUGAUGUCACUUCCUGCCCUCUUUAACAUUUGCCUACUCCUAUUCCUCCUCAUGUUCACCUUCUCUGUCUUCGGCAUGUUAAGCUUUGCACAUGUGAAGAACACGGCAAGGUUCCACGACAUGUUUAAUUUUGAAACAUUUUUGAACAGCAUGAUCUGUAUGUUUACGAUGACCACAAUGGCUGGAUGGAACACCGUGCUGAGUCCCAUCCUAAACACACCACUGGACUGCGACCCGGACAAAGAUACGCCAGUCGGAGGCGACUGUGUCCACCCGACUGUGGGAAUCAUCUUCAUCACCUCCUACAUCACCCUGUCCCUCCUGUUGGUGGUCCUCCUGUACACAGCUGUCGUCCUCGAGACCUUCAACAUGUACGACACAGAAACGCCGAGUGAUGAGGAUUUGCUAAUGUUUUAUAAAACCUGGAGAAGGUUUGACUGUGACAACUCACACAUCAUCCCAUACAGUAAGUUGUCGGACUUCUGCGAUGCUCUGCAGGAUCCUUUGAGGAUUCCCAAACCAAACACCUUCAAACUGAUCCACAUGGAUCUUCCUCUGCUUCCUGGAGACAAGAUUCACUGUGUGGACGUCCUGUUUGCUCUCACUGCACAGAUAUUUGGUGAUCGAGGACAGAUGGACUCUCUCAAAGCCAGAAUGGAGGAAAAGUUCAUGAUCAAUAACUUGUCCAAGAUGUCAUAUGAACCAAUCAGCAGCACCCUGCAGAGGAAACAGGAGGAGGUGGCGGCGACAGUGAUCCAGAAAGCUUACAGGAAGCACCUCCUGAAGGACGGGGAUGCUGAUGAGAUGACAGCAGAGCCUGCAGGUGGCGCUGCAGCUGUUUAGGAUGGAGCAUUACAGGGACUUUCUCUCCUUGACAACUCUGACUUCCUGUCAAAUGAGAAACUGAGAGAGUCGUCUAAUGAUGUAAUGACUCAUCUUUCUCCUGUUUCCUCCUUUUGUACAUGUCUUCUUCAGGUCCUGGUUUAUGCUAACAUGUUCACAGUGACAAUGCUAGUGUGUUCAUGCUAACAUGUUCACAGUGACAAUGCUAGUGUGUUCAUGCUAACAUGUUCACAGUGACAAUGCUAAUGUGUUGCACACAAUUAAACACAUAAUUGCAA